AUGAGUUUCGCUUUAGCCGACGGUCUUAAUUAUAUUAUCAAGUUGCAACCAGAAAAUUACGAAGGUGGCAAGAUUAACUCAACGGUAAUCAAUUUAAGUGGCAAUCGUCUGCGCGAAUUUACUUUGGAUUGGCUUGUAGCAGCGAACAUUUCAUGCCCUUUUGAAAUAAACCUAGAACACAAUCUGAUUGAAAACAUUUUUUCUUUACAAAAUUUCUUCAGUGCAACUGCCGAUUGUGCGCCCGAAAUCAAAAUGACUGGUAAUCCGAUCGUGUGCGAUUGUAAAUUGGCUUGGAUUUACAGUGAAAACUGUCGUUCGCUGUUCAAUGGUUUGCAGUGCGUUCAGACGUCAACCAAACUAGUAAAAGAUCUCGCGCAGCUGGAACGUAAAGAACUGUGUGCUUGGGAACCAGUAAUGUGCCCCAGCGAAUGCAAUUGUUACACACAAUUUGAAUUCCUGCACAUCAUUUGCAACGGUGCGCAAUAUAUCAAAGAGCUCCCACGCCCCGAGCAAGUUGGGCUCAAGAGUUCGGUACUCGAUAUUAGCAAUAACAAUUUCAUUGUAUUGCCGCUAAACACCACCUUCGGCUAUGGCAACGUUUCGCAACUCAACGCGUCGUCCAAUAAAAUCACGAGCAUAAAUAUCAGUCAACUGCCAGCCAAUUUGACGGUUUUGGACUUACGAAAUAAUCGCUUAAGUUCUUUAAAUGAUGAUUUUUUACGUACAUACCUCAAUGAGAGCACAAAACUACAAUUUCUCUAUCUAAGUGAAAAUCCUUGGUUUUGCAACUGUUCCAAGCUGCAAUUGCUGUACACCAUACGAACACAUCGGACACGAAUACCCGAUGCCGACCAGUUACUCUGUGUUAAUCAGCCGAACGAUACACUCCUAAUUGCAAAUGUGAGAGAAUUGUGUCCAACUCCUGUUGCUGUUGAACAUAAUCAGUACUUUAUUGCAACUUUGAUUAGUGUAGGGUUAACAAUUAUUAUUUUACUUUUCAUUGUCGUACUCUUCUAUAAAUAUAAAUUAGAAGUGAAAGUCUGGUUAUAUAGCCAUAACAUAUUGAGAUUUUGCAUUCGCGAAUGUGAGCUGGAUAAGCAUAAAGCAUUCGAUGCGUUUAUUUCAUAUGCUCACCAGGAUGCAGACUUCGUCAACCAUACAUUGCUGCCGCGACUCGAACAGUGCGAACCACCAUUUCGUGUAUGCACGCACGAACGAAAUUGGCUGGCUGGCGCUUAUAUACCUGAACAAAUCAUCGAAUCGGUGGAACAGUCGCGUCGGACGAUCAUUGUGCUCUCGCAGCACUUCAUCGAGUCGGAUUGGGCGCGCAUGGAAUUUCGCACAGCGCAUCAGUGCUCGUUGAACGAGGGUCGUGCGCGCAUAGUAAUUAUUAAAUAUGGAGAAAUCUUGAAAAGUGAGUUACUGGAUAGAGAACUAAAGGCAUAUUUGGAUAUGAAUACAUAUCUGGAUUGGCAAGAUGUCAGAUUUUGGGACAAAUUACGCUACGCCAUGCCACAUAAGUCGCUGCAAAACUUGACGCAAACAUUCUUUAAAAACUUCACUGCGCUCAGACAGCUUGACUUAGCCGGCAAUAAUAUGAGAAUGCUGGAGGCCAACAUCUUUACAGCGCAAACAAAAUUGAAUAGUCUGAACUUGAGCCGUAAUGAAAUUCGUGAAUUGCCCGAAAAUCUGUUUGCAUAUCAGCGGAGACUUUUCAUACUGGAUCUGAGUCAUAAUUCAUUGACAUAUUUAACACCACACAUUUUCGAUCACACUCCUUGGCUAUGGCAGUUGAAACUUGGUGGCAAUCAACUGCACGACACCACAAAUAUUAUGGAAAAUCUGAAACCGUUGUAUUAUCUACAUAGGCUAGACGUAAGUCAGAAUCAACUGCAAACUAUUUGGAGCACCGAGACAUCCGUCAAUAGAACGCUAAUUCUACUGGCC